AUGCAGUUCCCCAAGGUUGUUCUCGUUACACUCGCCAUCGCAGCCGCUUGGAGCAGAGCUCAACCUAUACCAUCCCAGAUGAGCCGGCCAAUCGAAAAGGCACCUGUGGAAGAUCUUGCAGAAUACCCGACGCUCGGUCUGAGUGCAUUGCAGGCAAGUGAGUCGCAAGCUGUCCUCAACAAGUGCGUCUUCGUGAUCGUCACUGACAAGUCACGCCCUCAACGAUGUCAGCGUCUGUGCCUGAAACAAGGUCUUUCCAAAUGACUCUCCACGAAGCAGUACACAGGCCGUGUCUCGAGCCCGAUACGCCCACGGCGGCGCGUCUGAACAGGGCGAUCAACAGCAUUACACGGGUCGUCUUUCGCCUCUGGAUCACUAUUCACAAAGACAGAGCUGCUAUGCCUCUUUGACACGCGCAACGACUGCUCCCAAACGUCUCUCAGCUAUCACGACGGUCACACCCUUCUCAAUUCAGUGACUUUGUCAGCUGCGCCAUCCCUUACUGCGGCCUCAGCCUCUUCGGCACGGGGGCAGGGAUCGGUGUCCCGUUCUACGCUAAGAAAGAAGCCACACGUAGGGGAAGUGUCAAGGAAAUGAGGAAAGUACUGGCCGGGAACAAGCCAUCCGGCAAAGCGAAAGAAAAUGCAAAAGAGUAUGCGCAGAAGCACAAGGAGGAAGAGGGUGAAACCCAUGCCGGGAAGCAUUAA